AUGGAGCCGGGGGAGCCCCCGGCGGCGCCCCUCAACCGGUCCCGAGCUGGGGCAGAGCCGCCCCGCGGGGACUUCAACCUCUCCGGGCUGCCGGAGGCGGAGGGGAAGCCCCUCUUCGGCAUCGGCAUCGAGAACUUCAUCACCUUGAUCGUCUUCGGCUUGAUCUUCACCCUGGGGGUGCUGGGCAACUCGCUGGUGAUCACGGUGCUGGCGAGGAGCAAGCCAGGCAAGCGCCGCAGCACCACCAACAUCUUCAUCCUCAACCUGAGCAUCGCCGACCUGGCCUACCUGCUCUUCUGCAUCCCUUUCCAGUCCACGGUCUACGUGCUCCCCACCUGGGUGCUGGGUGCCUUCAUCUGCAAGUUCAUCCACUACUUCUUCACUGUCUCCAUGCUGGUGAGCAUCUUCACGCUCUCGGCCAUGUCGGUGGACCGCUACGUGGCCAUCGUGCAUUCCCGACGCUCCUCGGCCUUGCGUGUUUCCCGCAAUGCGCUGCUGGGAGUGGGGCUCAUCUGGGCGCUCUCUUUUGCCAUGGCCUCACCUGUGGCUCACCACCAGCGCCUCUUCCACCGCGACGCCAGCAACCAGACCUUUUGCUGGGAGCACUGGCCCAACCCACAGCACAAGAAGAUCUACGUGGUUUGCACGUUUGUCUUCGGCUAUCUGCUCCCACUGCUGCUCAUCUCCUGCUGCUAUGCCAAGGUUCUUAAUCAUCUGCAUAAAAAGUUGAGAAACAUGUCAAAGAAGUCAGAAGCGUCCAAGAAAAAGACAGCACAGACUGUGUUGGUGGUGGUAGUGGUUUUUGGCAUCUCCUGGCUGCCGCAUCACGUGAUUCAUCUCUGGGCUGAAUUUGGAGUUUUCCCACUGACUCAAGCCUCCUUUCUCUUCAGAGUAACUGCACACUGCCUGGCUUACAGCAAUUCUUCUGUGAACCCGAUUAUAUAUGCAUUUGUCUCCGAAAAUUUUAGGAAGGCCUACAAACAAGUCUUCAAGUGCCAGAUAGGUAACAAGUCACUUCUGAAUGACGUUAAGGAAAAUAAAAGUCGGAUAGAUACACCGCCAUCUACCAACUGUACACACGUGUGA